GACAUCCAACGAGUCCAAGUAGUGACCCCCGUUCGUCGUUUUUUGUAGCAAUAUGGCCGAUUUAGAUGAUUUCUUUGCCAAGAAAGACAAGAAAAAGUCGAAGAAACCAAAAUUCUUGACUGCCGAGGAGUUGGUCAAGAAUUUGGAAGAAUCGUCCAAACGCGAAGUGGUAAAACCGAAAAAGCCAGAAACCACAGUUCCAGAAGUCGGCGAGUCCGCAGAAGACAAGCCUGCUGCCGUCGAACAACCGGUGUUGGCACCUCCCCAGGAAGAUGAAUGGAAGGAAAUCGAAGAGGAACAACGCAAGGAUUAUUCCGGUCUGAAAAUCGGCCAAUUGACAUUGAAUGACGAUGAUGAUUAUAGCGGUUCAGAGGGUCAGGAUGAAGAUGGUGAAAGUGAUGGCAAUGUCAACAGCGAAACAGGCAAAAAGAGCGGUAGCGGCGUUUGGAAAAAAGUCAUUCCCGCCGAAGAGGUAACACAAAUACCCAUGGAAAUGCCUGUGCCUGCAAAAUCAAAAACCUAUGUGUCGCCAGCUUUGAGAGCAGCAGCGGCGCAAGGAAGUGGCAUAAAACCAAAAUUACGCUCGAAAGUCGCCCCUGAUAUUACAAAUGCCGACUACUUCCCCUCACUGGGAGCUGCUAGGCCCGAGGAACAACGUAAAAAGAAAAAUGAACCCGCAUUUGAAGAAGUCCGUCAUGGUGGUCGUUUGCAAAGGGUAAAGGAACAAAGUGCGGCCCCAACAAAGGCCACUAAUCGUUUCCAAUCGCUGGACGAAGCCGAAAGCUAAGACACACACACACACACAGAAACGCAUACAA